AAUGCAUCUGAAAGCAGUGGUUGCCAACCUCCAUUCAACCCAGACAAGAACGCGUGUGUCUCCGAAAACCGCCUUUGAUUUAAGUACUUUGCUUUGUGGGCUAUUUUUACUCUGCGAUUUCCCUGGAUUGGUUUCGUAUUACUCUACUGUAUGAAACAUGGAGACAAUUUUAGAGCAGCAACGUCGCUCUCACGAAGAAAAGGAGAGGCUAAUGGAUGCUAAAACCAAAGAGGUGUUACAUAAAAAGUCGACGUUGCGAGAACAGAUCAAUUCGGAUCACAGGACAAGAUCCAUGUUGGACCGGUAUAUGGAAGUGAGUGCCAAUCUCAGAGACUCUUACGAAGACAAAGAUGGAAUGAGGAGGGAUGAGCUUGUUGCCAUCUCGGGGCCCAAUGAAUUUGUAGAGUUCUACAGCCGACUUAAACAGAUAAAGGAGUUUCACAGGAAGCACCCAAAUGAAAUUUCCAUUCCAAUGUCUGCAGAGUUCGAAGAGCUCAUGAGAGCCAGAGACAACCCUAGUGAUGAGGCUCAGAACCUCGUGGAAUUCACGGAUGAAGAAGGAUAUGGCCGCUACCUUGACCUUCAUGAUUGCUACCUGAAGUAUAUCAACUUGAAGGCAGCUGAGAAAAUUGAGUACAUCACUUACCUGUCAUCGUUUGACCAGCUGUUUGACAUCCCCAAAGACAGAAAGAAUGCAGAAUACAAAAAGUAUUUGGAAAUGUUGCUCGAGUAUCUGCAGGACUACACAGACCGGGUCAAACCUCUCCUUGACCAGAAUGACCUGUAUGACAAAGUGCUGCUAGACUUUGAGAAGAAGUGGGAGAGCGGCACUUUUCCAGGCUGGCCUAAAGAGACAAGUAGUGCUUUGACACAUGCUGGAGCUCACCUGGACCUCUCAGCUUUUUCGUCCUGGGAGGAGUUAGCUUCCCUAGGUCUGGACAGAUUAAAGUCUGCUCUUCUAGCAUUGGGACUUAAAUGUGGAGGGACUCUUGAAGAGAGAGCGCAGCGACUCUUUAGCACCAAAGGCAAAUCUUUGGAAUUGCUGGACCCUUCGCUGUUUGCCAAGAAUCCCAAAGCCAAAGGACCCAAGAAAGACACAGAGCGAAACAAGGAAAUUGGCUUUCUGGAGGCUCAACUCUAUGAAUAUGUUGAAGUCCUUGGUGAGCAGAGGCAACUUACUCAUGAGAAUGUCCAGAGGAAGCAAGCUAGGACUGGAGAGGAACGUGAGGAAGAGGAGGAGGAACAGCUCAGUGAGAGUGAAAGCGAAGACGAAGACAACGAAAUAAUCUACAACCCCAAAAAUUUGCCACUGGGUUGGGAUGGCAAGCCAAUUCCAUACUGGCUCUAUAAACUCCACGGCCUGAAUAUCAACUACAACUGUGAAAUCUGUGGAAACUACACCUACCGAGGACCAAAAGCUUUUCAACGACACUUUGCGGAAUGGAGGCAUGCCCAUGGUAUGCGCUGUCUUGGAAUCCCCAACACUGCCCACUUUGCUAAUGUCACACAGAUUGAGGAUGCCGUCUCUCUGUGGGCAAAACUGAAGUCCCAAAAGGCCUUAGAGCGUUGGCAGCCUGACACAGAGGAAGAGUAUGAGGACUCGAGUGGAAAUGUAGUCAAUAAAAAAACGUACGAGGAUCUCAAGAGACAAGGGUUACUGUAGACAUCAAUGAUGAUUAGGCUACGGUGUUAAUCCGAUUUCUUUGUAUACUUUUUGAUUUGGACCCACUUUCCAUUUCCCAUUUUGGUCUUUUCUAAUGUAGCCAUUUUUUAUCAUCACAUUAAAGAUAUGUUGGCUACUUGAAUAUUUUUCAUUUUUUUUCUUGGUGAUUUGAAGCGAUGUAUUUCAACGUUUGGUUGAUCAGCAUGUUCGCAAAUUCCGCUGUUAGCUUCGACCUCUGGAAGUAAAGUACGAUGACGGUGAUUGUUGUACUACACCAUGUAAUAAGGUGGCGAAGCAUGUCAUUUCAGUUGUGAAAAGAAUUUCCAAAAUGUUUCCAUCUUAAUAACCUGUAGAACUCAAUCGAAAAACAACCUGAAAUCGGAGCCGAAGUCAGCUGGAAUAGGCUCCUCCUCAGCUGUGACAAUUGUGAGGAUAACAGGUACAGAUGAUGGACAGAUGGAUGGAUCUAUUUUUUUUUUACAGUAGACCAUUUAUCAGCUUGGCCGUGGAGCCGAUAUUUGGCACUCUGAAGCCUAUUAGAACCUGCUUUUUUUAAUAUGCUUUUUAAAAAUUAUGACAACCAAUCAAAUUAAUUCAACACUAUUAUUUUUAGAUUAUUUUGUGUGUGUGUGUGUUCGUGUAUCGGAAUAAUCUGGCCAAGUAUGGAAAACACACAGAAUUUAUCUCCGGUAGUCUCGGCUACACUAGUAUUGCCAUAACAAGCAACUGCGAUGAACAAGGACAUAAUAUGCAAGUAUCGAAAGACUUUUGCGAGUGCCAUUGUGUGACAAUGAGCAGAGAUCAGGUGAUCAGUGGUGCAAUACAAUAGUGUGACGGUUGUGCAGUUGGUGCAGAUCAUCCUUGCACCAUUUUAAUUUUUUUUGUAGACCUGUAGCAGGAAUUGUAGUCCCACUUCAGGUGUGCAAUUCAGUGUCUGGUGCUGUGGAAUAUUGCUCCAUGACAAUUGUUGAAGGAUGCCACUCACACCUGAGUGGGCGAGGCCCGAUUUUGAAACUCAUGACCUCAAACCCUGAAGUUAGCCGGGAUGGGCUCCAGCACGCCUUGUGAGGAGAAGCGGAUCCGAAAAUGGAUGAAUGGCCUCAAUGCAUGGUUGCUCCUCAAGCAGAACCAAAAACCAAAAACAAAAACCAAGGAAGCUAAUCCGAUGCGAGGCAAGCAAACGUGCGUUGUGUCGCUUUUGCAACUGUGGAUGAUGAGUUGAACUCAGUCAUCAAGCUGCUGGUGUCGUCGUGGCUCUCCGCCCGCUUUCAUGACAACUCAGCAAAAGGCAAACCGAGCGUUUUAUUGCAAUCGUGCCCGAAAGC